AUGUCGUCAACAAUAGCGCUCCCAAGCAUUUACAAUUCCAUAUCUGUGAAAAUCCCACCCCACAUCCCUCUAACCCAAACCGAAUUAGUUGAAUUCCCAGCUUUCAAGUCGUGGAUAUCACGUUUAACAUCAUCUCUACGUUCUGAUAAUAAUCCGGAUGGCUAUACGCUUCGUCAUCUUGAGAUUCUCAGUGUCGUUAGAUUUGGAUCGACUAGAAUCGGGUUUUUGAUGUUGAAUGCUGAGGUUAGGGAUGCCGAUGAUAAAGUUUCAUUGCCUGGUACAGUGUUGUUGAGAGGGCCUAGUGUGGGCAUCCUCGCUCUUCUCCACCCGGAAGGUACACCGAAGAACAAUCUUUAUGUAAUUCUAGUUCUUCAACCACGUCUCGCUGGCGCCACAACCUCAAUGGCCGAAAUUCCUGCUGGGAUGUUAGACGAUCACGGCAGCUUCGCUGGGGCAGCUGCAAAAGAGAUAGAAGAAGAAGUUGGUAUCACGAUAUCCGAGGACAAACUCAUUAAUCUCUCGGAAUUGGCCAUACAAUCCUCCCCACUUUUGGAUAAAGACCAAACCAAAGAAAGCAUCGGACUAGCCAACGCACCCCCAAUUUCUGAAAGUCCGAAUCAAGAAACUCAGAAACAGAACUUAGAUGGACUGUUUAGUUCGGCCGGUUUGCUCGAUGAGGUCAUCACAUAUCAUGCUUUUGUCCACGAAAUCCCUGAAGAUGAGUUGGAGCAAUGGAAGGGACGGUUAACGGGAUUGAGAGAUAAAGGCGAGAGGAUUACGCUCAAACUCGUCAAGUUCGAUGAGUUGUGGAAAGCUACGAGGGACUCAAAGGCUUUGUGCGCAUGGGCUCUUUGGAAGGGUUUAGAAGAAGCUGCAAGACUACCGUAUUAG